GACAGUAUACAUUACGUAAAAUCGUUAAUUUUGGAGAUAAGUUCAAAAUUAAAUGUUUCCUAGUUACAGUCUGAUUGAUGGUGUGAAAGGCAAUGUGUACGUGUUCCCCUCAUAAGGAAUGCACCGAAGAUUAUUACACUGCUUCUUCAGGAUAUGCGCCAACCUCCACCUCGCGUUCAACAUGGCGAACAGCGGAGCGAAGCGCACAAAGCGACUAUUGCUCGGCCCAUUGCUCUGCACCAUCGACCCCAAAAUCUCAACAAAUUCCGCCUUCUGUUCCAAUGGCACCACUAAGAGUCCUUAAACAAGAUCCAAAUCUAUCAGCUGGAGUAGCCAUAGCAAGCCGACGAAUACACUUUGAUCGGAUGGAAAUCUCAUCAACAUUCGAGGAAACUAUGGAUGAUACUUACGAUGACUUGGAUAUCUCAGUACCACCAAGAUAUGAAGGCAUGCGUCCUCCACUCGCUGCGUCUAGUCCUGUACCUCCAGAACCAGUAGUAAGACGAUCACCACCAGGAACUUACGAAUUGCGACGAACAAGACCACCACAAUUCCCAACCACCACAGCAACCAGACAAUAUCCAAGAAUGACUCAAAUGACACCUUGUGGAAAAUGCUUAAGGAUGUGAUGAAACCGAUGAGGUGAAAUUACGAUCGGAGCCUAAAAUCUGCAAUUCAGGGUCAGAAAUUAAUUUGCUGCACGCCAAAGUAAGUUU